AUGCCUCUUAUGAUGUUCAGUAUUCGUUAUACAUGUCUGGUGCUGGUCACCACCCUCGUAGCCCUAGGUGUGGCUGCACCAAUGAGACAUGUUGCCAGAGACGUCUCGACGGCGGCCCUGACGCAGCUGGACCUGUUCGCCGAGUACUCCGCCGCCGCAUACUGCACCGGUAACCUCAACACCACCGGCACAAAGGUCGUCUGUCCCGCCGGCAACUGUCCGCAGGUGGAGGCGGCGGACACAACCUCCCUGAAGGAGUUUCUCGCCGACGGCCAAUACGGCGAGCUGGCCGGGUACCUCGCCGCCGACUCCACGAACAAGCUGAUCGUCCUGAGUUUUCGCGGGAGCCGCUCGCCCGCGAACUGGAUCGCCAACCUCGACUUCAUCUUUGACGAUGCGGACGAGCUCUGCGCCGACUGCAAGGUGCACGGCGGGUUCUGGAAAGCCUGGCACACGGUCUCCGACGCGCUGAAGGCGGAGAUCCAGAAGGCGCGCACCGCGCACCCGGACUAUAAACUGGUGUUUACGGGGCAUAGUCUGGGCGCUGCGAUUGCGACGCUGGGCGCGGCCGAGCUGCGCACCACGGAGAAGUGGGCUAUUGAUGUGUAUUCGUAUGGCUCGCCGCGCGUUGGAAACCUUGAGCUGGCCGAGUACAUCACCUCCCUCGGGGCGAUCUACCGCGCCACUCAUACCAACGAUAUUGUGCCCCGACUGCCCCCGGAGGCUGUCGGGUACCGCCAUCCCAGCCCAGAGUACUGGAUUACCAGUGCGAAUGGCGUAGAGCCCACGACGGCGGAUGUCAAGGUGAUUGAGGGGGUGGGAUCGAGAAAGGGGAAUGCGGGCGAGGCGUCGCCGGAUGCGUCAGCGCAUUCGUGGUACUUUGGGGAUAUUUCUGAGUGUCAGUGA